AUGUCUGGCGUAGCUAAAGUUCCUCAUUCAAAUAAAUUUAUGUUAUCUCAACCAAUAACUGCAAUAAAAAUGAAAAAUUCAAAUAAACAAACGAAUAAAACUUCGACUAGUUUACCAAUACGUAUAAGUAGUUCUAAAUAUGUUGCUGCACAACGUACUAAAGCUCGUGAUAUUGUAUUAUGUUUACAACGUAAAAAUAUAAAACUUAUUGCUAUUGAUUUUGAUAAUACAUUAUUAUCAAUACAUACAAAUGGUUAUUAUCAAGGAACAGUUGAUAAUUUAUUAGAACAUCUUCGAUCAACAUUUCUUUAUUUUAUUCAAGCAAUUCUUGAUUCACCAUCAUUUUGUCAAACACUUCAUGUAUGUAUUGUAUCUUUUUCAUCACAAGAACAACUCAUACGAAAAUUACUUGAAUUAGCAUUUAAAACUGCUAAAACAGAUCGAAUUAUAAUACGAUGUAAUACUCCGGAAUUUAUAUCACAUAUAAAUGAACAAGCGUUUCUUGGAAAAGAAUAUCAUUUAUCAUCUGUUGUUACUGAAAUAGCAACAAAACGUAAUAAAACAAUAAAACCACAUGAAAUUCUAUUAUUAGAUGAUGAUGUGAGAAAUAUUUUAAUAGCAGAAAAAUUUGGUCAUAAAGUACUUGAAAUUCGAGAUCAAAUUAAUUUAGAUAUUUUCAAAGACUUUGCUAACCAUGUUUUAUCUGAAAGUUAA